AGUUUGUUUACCUACCAUCAGUGUAAGCAUAGCUAUACAAGUGAAUUAAUUUCAAUAUUAUAACCAAACAUAAAAAGCAAAAUGAAAUUCUUCGCAGUCCUCGCUCUCUUCGCAACUCUUGUGGCAUUCGUGCUAGCAGCUCCUGCAGACGAGGAGUACAGUAUGUCGGGUCUGUCGGGCGAGGUGACGGAGGCGGUGGAGGUGUUCGGCAGCGCGCGGCAGCGGAUCUGCACGGCGGCGCUGUGCCGCGCGGUGUGCCAGUCGCUGGGCUUCCCGCGCGGCAGCUGCAACGCGCAACUCCUCUGCGUCUGCAGACGUUGAGACGUGUUCAUUCAUUUAGUACUUUACCCCGCAUAUUUUUUUAUAAAUUCUUCCUUGUGCCAUCAUUAUUACAAAUUUCACUUACAUCAUUGUCUAAAUUGUUCAGUCUACAUUGUAUAAUUUCGUUAUUUAGCAAAUAUGUAUAUGAAUAUUAAUAAAUACAUUAUAAUUAUAUAUUA